GGAUAGUGCAUUGCUGUCUUAUUUUUCUCACUAAAAUACCAAAAUAAUAAAUAUUGGGAAUAAAAGAAAAUAGAUAUGGAAAUGAACAAGGGAAGCAAGAAUUGAUCGGCGAAGAUCGAAAUGAGCGAAUGAAGAAGGAAACAUGACGCGGAAAUGGCAUUGUAGCAGAUAGAUCAAGUCGAAACAAAUCAAAUCAAAUCAAAUCAAAUAAAAAACGAUUGAAUUGAAAUUGUGAAUUGUGUGGAAAUGGAGGGAAUGUGGGAGAACAUUCUUCGAAACCACCACAACUCAUUGAAAUCCCUAUUCCAUCGGAACAAGGCUUCUUCCUCCGACGGCAUCGACGCCGCCGAUGACUCCGUUAAUUCCCCCAAAACAAUCCCUCAGCUCUCUCCUCUCGCCAACUCCGUCGUCUCUCGCUGUUCAAAGAUCCUCGGAGUGUCGACGCAUGAAUUGCAACACGCCUUCGAUUCAGAGCUUCCUCUCGGCGUCAAGGAGCUUCUCACAUACGCUAGACACCUUUUGGAGUUUUGUUCAUACAAAACGCUACACACACUCAGUAAAACCGCUGAUUAUUUGAGCGACAAAGAGUUCCGUCGUUUAACCUAUGACAUGAUGCUUGCAUGGGAAGCACCCAGCGUUCACACCCCUAACCUUCCAGAAACACCUACUUCCAGUAAAGAUGAAGCCGGAGGGGAUGAGGAUGAGGCCUCAUUGUUUUAUUCGAGUUCCACCAAUAUGGCGCUUCAGGUUGAUGAAAAGAAGACUGUUGGUCUAGAGGCUUUUUCGCGGAUAGCUCCUGCAUGUGUUCCUAUUGCUGAUAUUAUAACUGUGCACAACCUCUUUGAUGCGCUCACCAGUACUUCCGCGCGUCGGCUUCAUUUUCUUGUUUAUGACAAAUACUUAAGAUUCCUUGAUAAGGUUAUCAAGAGUUCUAAAAGUGUUAUGGGUAAUUCGGUUGGAAAUCUUCAGCUUGCUGAAGAAGAGAUUGUUCUUGAUGUUGAUGGGACAAUUCCAACUCAACCAGUUCUUCAACAUGUUGGAAUAGCUGCAUGGCCUGGGCGGUUGACGCUGACGAAUUAUGCUCUUUACUUUGAGUCACUUGGAGUUGGUGUAUAUGAGAAAGCCAUUCGAUAUGAUCUGGACACAGACAUGAAACAGGUUAUAAAGCCUGAUUUGACUGGACCCCUUGGUGCUCGCCUUUUUGAUAAAGCUGUGAUGUAUAAGUCAACUUCUGUAACAGAGCCUGUUUAUUUUGAAUUCCCCGAAUUUAAAGCAAACCUGCGUCGUGACUAUUGGUUGGACAUUAGUCUGGAGAUCCUGCGUGCACACAAGUUUAUCAGGAAAUACUACCUUAAAGAGGCACAAAAAUCAGAAGUGCUUGCCAGGGCUGCACUGGGCAUUUUCCGCUAUCGUGCAGUUAGAGAAGCUUUCCGGUUUUUCUCAUCCAACUAUAAAACUUUACUUACUUUUAACCUAGCUGAAACUCUUCCACGGGGAGACAUAAUAUUGGAAACCCUGUCAAAUAGCUUAACAAACUUGAGUUUGGUUUCUUGUAAACGUGAUAUUCCUGGGACUGUUGAUACAAAGAAGCAAAUGACAGUGUCUCCAGCAGCAGUUAUGGCGCUCUUCUGUCUUGGAUUCAAAUCAAAAAAGCUGGCUGAAAUUUGGGAAGAAACAAAUGCUUUUAGUGACAUCCGAGUUGGUGAGAUAAAUCCCUUGGAAGCUGCAGUGAAAAAAUCCCUUCUGGACAUUGGAAAAGCUGAAGCUGCACAGGCAACUGUGAACCAAGUGAAGGUUGAAGGAAUUGAUACAAAUGUUGCAGUAAUGAAGGAACUACUAUUCCCGUUCAUUGAAUCUGCCAACCGACUGCAGCUUUUGGCCUCGUGGAAAGACUUCUACAGAUCAACAACUUUCUUACUACUCACCUGUUAUAUGAUUUUAAGGGGGUGGAUCCAGUAUUUACUGCCAACCAUUUUUGUGUUCAUAGCAAUUCUCAUGCUCUGGCGUAGGCAUUUCAGAAGGGAAAGAUCAUUAGAAGCCUUCAGAGUAACUCCUCCUCCAAAUCGAAAUGCAGUAGAACAACUACUGACAUUACAAGAGGCCAUUACACAGUUUGAAUCACUUAUUCAAGCUGGAAAUAUUACUCUCCUAAAACUAAGAGCACUUCUACUUGCUAUAUUACCACAGGCUACGGAGAAGGUUGCACUGUUUCUGGUAUUCACAGCCGCAGUGUUUGCUUUUGUUCCUCCAAAAUACAUAUUUUUGGCGGUAUUCGUUGAGUAUUAUACAAGGGAGAUGCCAUGGAGGAAAGAGAGUAGUGAUAGAUGGGUAAGGCGAAUUAGAGAAUGGUGGAUCAGAAUACCUGCUGCUCCUGUUCAGCUCAUUAAGCCUGAUGACUGCAAGAAAAGAAAAUGAUGUUGCGUUACACGAGUCAAUUAUAAUUUGAUACCGGCAAAGAUUACAUUAUUUUCUAGUUAACCAUCACUAGUUAACCGUAUAUUUUGGUUUAUUCAUUUUUUCUAUUCUUUAAUGCAACCUUUUCGUAUUUAGCAGCAAAUUGUAUAUUCUCUUACGUCUUCUGUAUUUGCCCUCUCUGUAUUAAACCCGAGGCUGUUUGGAAGUCUUCUUCGGCUUCAUGUGGUUUCAUCUUAAGAUACACUCUUUCCUAAGUAGAAGAUGAUAGAAGGACUCCGUUGGUGUUGAAAACCUUUUU